UUCAACAGAUAUUAAAUAUUAUAUAUAAUUAUACUUGAAAGUAGUACUUGGCAGCAUAUCUCCCACGUUUCGACUUUUGUCUGGAAAAAAUGGCAGAUCAGAAUCAACCACAAGAGGGAGCUAAUGUGAACAUUCUAGGGGCACACAUCGAUGAACUGCAUGCAGGACAUGUAAAUCAGAUUGUUGCUCAGGCAGACGUAGUUCAAGCUCAAGCAGAAGUGAUUCAUGUAGACAAUGUGAACCUUCACAUGCAUUUUGGAGAUAAUGCAGCACCACAAGCUGAACUACAACAUGAUGCGCCUGCACUACCACAUCAAGUGCAGGAUGAUGCACCAUCGGCCAAACCAAAAAUGAAAAAAAAGGGAAUUUCCUCUUCAUCAGGUUUGUCAUCGCAUAUGCAAAGCAGAGAGCAGCGAAACGUAAAUUUGAAAAUAAGCAAUGAAGAUGUGCUUGUGGCAGGUUCUGCAACAUAUUUGCAAGCAGAGCAAGAUGCCAAUGUUGAUAUUGCUUCAUCAAACAUUUACAUGACUGCAGGUGAAGCAACGAUAACUAAAGGGAAAGGAGCAACCACACAUUUUCAUGGCCCUGUCAACAUCAACGUAGAAAAUACAGAUUCAGCUUUCUUGCAUCCUUCAACAUCUUCAGUCCCGAUCCAUCAACCAUCGCCAGUUGCUGCAACAUUCGUUCCUGUCUAUGAAGUGGAAGCACCCUCACCAGGCCCCCUAAAGCAAGCAAAAGAAAAACUUUUUAGAGGUCGUAAUGAGAGAAGCUUCAUUGAUUAUUUCAAUGAGAGGACAUGGAACGAAACAGCAGUCAACAUUAUAGAAAACUAUAAAGAACAAAACUUGGACGAACCUGACUUUGAGGUCAAUCCUCAGCUGAAGCAGGCGAAUGGUUUCUUUAGUGGUGAAAUGGCACCUGAGACCACAGAAUACAGGAAGGAACAAGAGUUUGCUGUCACAGAGGCGAAUGAAAAUAUUGGCGAAGUGAUCUCACCAAAUGAACUAGUCCAACAGCUAUGUGAGGAAGGUUGCCGAUGCGUAGGACUAGUGGGUCAAGCUGGAGGGGGCAAGUCAACAAUGAUGAAGCGUACUGCACGAGGCGUUCUCGUUGCUAAUGAACUGGAUAACGAAUCUAAAGCAAAAAUAGGAUUGUUUGCUCGGUUGUUCAAGAAACAGAAAAAUGGAUUCAAAUUCGUUCAUCACUUGAAUUUCAGAGACUUUCUUGUUUCUUAUGGUUUAACUCCAGAAGAAGCUUUAACUCCAUGUACUCUGCUUUUCGGAAACUUUGCACCCAAUCUAUCAAAACAAACUUUAAGAGCGGGAUAUAAUUGGCUUCAGAAACACCAAUCAGAAGCAAUUUUCUUCAUUGAUGGCCUGGAUCAGGCUAUAUGGAAUCUAGAGGGAAAUUACAAUAAAAUGACAUAUACUGAUAAAUCAAGUACAGCCACAAUCAUGUUUAAUAUCUUAUCAGGCAAUUUGUUUCCCGAUGUAACAUUAGUUAUUUCUUCACGUGAACACAGGAUGGCAUCCCUUCCUCUGAAGCUUCGACCUUCAUUAAUUAUUGCUCUUGCUGGCCUUGAACGUGAUGACACCAAAAAACUAUUUACUGCAGUUGUAGGUGAAACAGGGGAAGAAUCCUGGAAAAAGAUGACAUUUCAGUCACCUGCACUCGUGCCAUUAUCUUCUGUCCCUUUAUUCUUGAUUUUUAAUGCGAUCGUUCACAAAUCCAACCCAAAGAAUCUACCUAAUACAAUGACCGAUGUAAUGACACAGGUACUUCAUAUCUUCAUGCGUUCCUCACACACUCAAGAGAAAAUGAUUAAAACAGCUUUUCACAGUUUGAUGAAAAUGUCCUUCGAAGGAACUCGAGAAAAGCGAGUCAUUUUUACCAAUAACGAUCUAGAGAAAGCAGGACUUACAAAAGAAGUAGUAAGUGAUCUAAUCAUAGAAGUACCUGGAGGCGGUACACUGCUGAAUCAACGUCUUUUAGAAGGUGACACUCUGAUGUUCUUCAGUCAUCAAAUCCUUCAAGAAAUGUUAGCUGCUCUGUACAUCGCCAACAUGAAUCUCGCAACUUUCCAAGCAUUCGUCACUAACGAGCUCCACAAAGAUCACUGGUCCGUUGUUCUACGGCUCCUGUGUGGAACUGUUUUCGAUCAAAAAAUUAAAACUCAGAUCAUCAAUGGUCUUACAAUUGUGGCUAGACAAGAGAAGCAAAAUUGUCUCAAACGUGCACUCUCAACUAAGCUGAAUCAAUGUACGAGAUCCUAUCAGAAGUUGGAGUUGUUUGGUGCGUUAUAUGAAACCAAUGAUGCCGAGCUCAUUAGAUCCCAUGUUCAGGAAAUCCACUUCGAAAAUGAGUCUUUCCCUUCAGCAGGAAUGUGCGCAAUGUCAUCUGUAAUGCGACGUUGUGGCCAUCUUGAACAAGUUCGCCUCGUCAAUUGUGAGCUCAAUGCAGAAAUAUUAAAAAUCUUCGAGUUCAACUUGAAAGGUUCUAUAGUGAAGGUGUCGAAACUUGAUAUCAGCUUAAAUCCGAUGUCCGUUGAAGCUUUUGAUGUCUUCGGGUCAGUUUUGACAAACAUUGAAGUGGGAAGACUUGUUAUGCAUGGCUGUUCACUUACAGAAGAAAAGAUUCAUGUGCUCGGAAAUCAAUCACAUUUACAGAUCCACAUUCUGGAUGUUCGAAAUAUUACAAACAUGACGUUUGAUCUGUAUCUUGCAAUUGUCAAGUUCGCAUCUGAACAUGAUGUCAAAGAACUUUUGAUGGAUCCGUGGGAUUGCUUCAACGCAAGCAAACAGCAGCUGUUGGAACUGAGUAAAUGGGAAGUUUGUGGAAAGAUCCAAGUUCUGGAUGUUCGAAAUAUCAUAAACAUGACGUUUGAUCUGUAUCUUGCAAUUGCCAAGAUUGCAUCUAAACAUGAUGUCAAAGAACUUUUGAUAGAUCCGUGGGAUUACUUCAAGGCAAGCAAAGAGCAACUGUUGGAACUGAGUAAAUGGAAAGUUUGUGGAAAGAUCAAUGUUCUGGAUGUUCAAUCCACCACUCAAAUAUCAUCUGAUCUAUGUCUCACCAUAUAUGAGUUUGCAAGUCAAAGGGGAGUCAAAAAAAUUCUAAUGGAUUUGUUGGAUUUCUCUAAAGCAAAUAAAGAGCAAUUAAAGAAACUAGACAAAUACAAACUUUGUGGGAAGAUAUCCGUUAUUGAUAUCAGUCAAAAUUCAAUGGACGAAGAAGCUUUUGAUGUUCUUGGUGACCUUUUAUCAAACUAUGAAGUUGACCAACUCAUUGCAAAAAAUUGUCAGCUAACAAAAGCAAAACUUGAUGCUCUUGGAAGUCAUUCUGGAUUAAAAUUAUCCAGGUUUGACAUCAGUGAAAAUCCAAUGGAUGAAAAAGACUUCAAUGCUCUUGGUUCUGCUUUAACAACAAAUAUAAAAGUUCUUGAACUUGUCAUGCAAAAUUGCCGACUGAAUAAAGAAAAACUAGAUGCUCUUGGAAGUCACUCAGGAUUACAGAUUUCAAAGUUGGAUGUCAGUCUAAAUUCAAUGAAUAAAGAAGCUUUUAAUGUGCUUGGUUCACUUUCAAAUAGUGUUGGAGUUGAUGAGCUCAUCAUGCGGAAUUGCCAAUUAACAAAAACCAAACUUGAUGCUUUUGGGAGUCAUUCUGGAUUGAAGCUAUCCAAGUUUGAUAUCAGUGAGAACCCAAUGGAUGAAAAAGGAUUCAAUGCUCUCGGUUCUUUAUUGACAGCAAAUAAUGAGGUUAUUGACCUUGUCAUACAAAAUUGCCAACUCACAAAAGAAAAACUGGACGCUCUUGGAAGUCACUCAGGAUUAAAGAUUUCCACUCUGGAUAUCCGAUCAAUAACCGGCAUGACAUUCAAUCUAUUUCUUGCAAUAUCCAAGUUUGCAAGUGAAAGUGAGGUCAAAGAACUACUGAUGGACCCAUGGAAAAGGUUUGAAGCAACUAAAGAUCAAAUAAUGGAAUUGAGUAAAUGGAAAGUCUGUGGAAAGUUGGAUGUACUGAAUGUCAGUAACAACAAGGAUCUUGGCACUGCUGGUUUUGGUAAGGUUGGAACAGUUGUUUCAAAAUGCCAGGUGAAGGAAUUGCAGGCUCGAAAUUGCAAUCUGACAGCAAAAGAAAUAAGAGCAUUCAAGGAAAACUCUCGUAAUGCCAAGUUGGAAAUACUAGAUGUCAGUAGGAACAAGAAUCUUGGCACUUCUGGUUUUGGUGAAGUUGGAUUAGUUGUUUCAAAUUGUCAGGUGAAGGAAUUCAUUGCUCAAGAUUGCAAUAUGACAGCAGGGGCAAUAAGAGCAUUCAAGGAAAACUCUAGUAAUGCCAAGUUGGAAAUACUAGAUGUCAGUAGGAACAAGAAUCUUGGCACUUCUGGUUUUGGUGAAGUUGGAUUAGUUGUUUCAAAUUGUCAGGUGAAGGAAUUCAUUGCUCAAGAUUGCAAUAUGACAGCAGGGGCAAUAAGAGCAUUCAAGGAAAACUCUAGUAAUGCCAAGUUGGAAAUACUAGAUAUCAGUUCGAACAAUAUUCUUGGCAAUUCUGGCUUUGGUGAAGUUGGAUUAGUUGUUUCAGAUUGUGAGGUGAAGGAAUUGCAUGCUCGGAAUUGUAAUCUGACAUCAGAAGGAAUGAAAGCAUUCAAGGAAAACACUCGUAAUGCGAAGUUGGAUAAACUAGAUGUCAGUUGGAAUGAUAGUCUUGGAACUGCUGACUUUGGUGAAGUUGGAUUAGUUGUUUCAAAAUGUCAGGUGAAGGAAUUGCAGGCUCGGGAUUGCAAUCUGACAGCAGAAGGAAUGAAAGCAUUCAAGGAAAACACUAAUAAUGCAAAGUUGGAUAAACUAGAUGUCAGUUGGAAUGAUAGUCUUGGAACUGCUGACUUUGGUGAAGUUGGAUUAGUUGUUUCAAAAUGUCAGGUGAAGGAAUUGCAGGCUCGGGAUUGCAAUCUGACAGCAGAAGGAAUGAAAGCAUUCAAGGAAAACACUAAUAAUGCAAAGAUCGACAGCUUAGAUCUGAGUUGGAACCAAGUCAGCAAAGUCGGAGAUGAAGGAUUAUCUACAACCAGUGAAAUUGUUCGUAAAUGUCAGGUUAAAAAAUUGUACAUGCGGUAUUGCGAGUUCAACGAUGAUCAGUUGGAAAGAUUCAAAGCAUUGAUUGCUGAUACUGGGGUUGAGUUCGAUGGCUUCUAGUGAGUCACAGACGCCGUAUCCGAGGAUGAUUUUAUUGGAAUAUUUGAUUUAAAAUUAUAUUAGUUCCACAUUUCUUCAGUUUGUCUGUCUGAGAUAAUCACUUUUCGUUUUGUUUCAAAAUUUUCGAGCAAUUUGUUUUUAAUUAUUUUUUUCAAUCCUGUCUAUAAUAUUUA